AUGAAAUCUAGCUAUAUUUAUUGUUCAGACAAGUCUCCUCCCAGCUCACAAACAGACAGAUCAUUAAAAGCGAUCACGGAUACAAUAUUUCAUGUAUUAACACCCAAAAUCGACAUGUCAUUAACAACUACAACUAAAAGAACAAUAUUAAAACGAUCAAGUGGUGAAAUAGUCACCGAGGACAAUGUUCUGAAACAAUUACAAGCCAGAGAGAAACAAGAGGAGGCAAAACAAGCAAAAGCGUCACGGCCGAAAGCUCCAAAGAAAUUCAAACGAAUGGUUACAACAGGUAAUUACACAGCUACUCGAGAGAAAAGUCUAAAAUUUACUGCUGUAUGUAUAAAUUCUAGAUACCUCUCCUCCUGUUGGCACCACAAACAGUUCAAUUUUAAUUUUAACAACAUACACAUGUACAUUUUGCGAGAUUGCCCAAGUUACUUAUUCA